CACUUUUUAGGGGAACUACUUCCAUGUUUACCCAUCAUUACACACACGGCUGUUUCCAUGGCGUAUAUCCACGUAUCCAUCGUAUCCAUCGUAUUAGCCAUCGUAUCCACGCCUGUAGCACUAGAAGGAGAAGAAGAAUACUUUCAUGACAGGAUAACAAACUACUACUUCCAGGGAAAACUAACAGACUUCAGUCCUCGUGCACAUAUCAGCCUUCUACCUAUCCAUUCUUUGCCUUCAUACUCUCUUUACUAACUACUACUAUCCCUGCUUACCACUUACUUUCUCUACUACUGUCCCUUCUCUCUUCCAACUAUUCCAGCCUUUCCAACUACUGCGGCUGAACACCUGAACACCUGAACACUACCCUCCCACCAAUCGACACCACCACACACACAUAUACACGAAAAGUACGACGAUCUGGUUACCUGGUCUACCCUCCUACUACCACCCUGUUACUACACCUCCACAACUCCCCUGCUACUCAACCAACCUCUCGGCGUAAUCAUCCAUGCGCCCCUGCACCUCCUCCACCUCCUCCACCUCCAUCUACACCUAUUUCCAUCCAACGCCCCUGCUCUAGAGCCGCCUUUCCCCUCAAAACACACUCAAUUAUACCUCGCACCUUCGAUCCACUCAGAUACCCCUUCCACCCUGACAAAGCCCGGUGGUCAUCACCCUGCUGCUACCUGCUACCAGAAAAAACUGACCUCAGACCGCCGACUUCUACCGUCCGCCUUCCCGCCUCCGUCCCCCGAAUCUGCAUGGAGCCCUUACAUAUACAUAGCUAUGUAGAGCGAGCUAUAUCCCUCGCUCUGUGACCCGACCGGCCGCCUACGCACGCACGCCUUCCUAUUAUAUACGACCCAAUUCCCGUUGCUGGGCUCUCUGAACGAACGAGACAAUAUCAACUUCAGUGUCUCACCUCGAACACAUCUCCCUCCCUCCCUUCCAACCUUCCCUUGCAUUGCCUCGAAGGAUAACCCCGCAAGGAAGGGGCGAACCAAUCCACCACACACUCGAAAACAAAACAAAACCACCCCGCAGGAAGGGGCAACCCAUACCAAAAACCCAAAAAACAUAAACAAACCACACCCCAAAAAAGGGCAAUGAACCUUCUACACCCCGGAGCCGGCCUCCACGGCCACGAAUACUCCAAGAACGCACCCAAAUCCCGCUCCCCAUCACCGCGAAUCACACUACACCGCUCACCCUUCUCCGCCCCCACGAAGACCACCUCGCAGCUAGACACCACACCCAGCAGGCCAUCCCUCCGCACGACGACGACGGGACAGUUCUCACCCACCAAGCCCCGCGAUACCCCCGACCGCGUCGCCUUCCUCGACCCGGACUUUGACGAGGUCAUGAGCGAUGAUGGGCGGUCGUGUGGGUACUCUGAUGGUAGUGCUGCGGCGCGGGGGAGGUCGAAGAGGAAGGGGAGGCAUAGGAGCACGUCGUAUUACCUCGCGCACCCAGCGCCGACGUUGACGCAGAAGCAGAGGUUGUUGCAUAUUAGGCCGAAGUUGUUGUUGCAAUUACAGCAGCUCUCGGCGGAUGCACGGCCGCGCCCGAUGGUGGAUGUGAUUUCCUCGUCGACAUUCGUGCCGAGGCUGUCGAAGAAAUUCCCAAACUUAUACAGGGGAUCGGGAGAGCUAAAGAUAAACGACGUUAUGAUUGUGAGGAGCGAUGACUAUGAUGCUCUCGACGAGGAUAAGGAGGUUGAAUCUGUUGUGGAGGAAGCGGCGCGGGAUAGGGACGUGUUGGCUGUUAUAUGUCAAGUCCCCAAAGGCGACCUAGGAACAGUCGAAAUCUGCCUCGAAGACGGCUCACGCUGGACCGCCGGCCCUUCAUCAAAGGGUGUACUGGAGCUCGUCAAAACGGACCCCCUAACCGGCGAACGCACGAUCGGCCGCUGGGUGCCGAGAGGGACAUCGAGACGGAAUUCCCUCCAGACGCCUGCGAGGGGAGCAGCAGCCGCGGGAGGCGCGGAGCCAAGGUACCAGUUUAGUUUUAUCGAUCCGAGUACACGCCGCCAUCCCAUCCUGGCGACGUUGACGCAGGGUACGCUCAAGAUCUCGGAUACGUACAGUCCCGUCGCCAAUUCGGAGGAGGAGCACCCGCCUGUGUCGUCGAGGACGUCGUUGGAUGGCGGGGAGCAGGGGGAUAGCGAUUCGAACGUGACUGUGAGUGUGGAUCGCAAGGUUCUCACAGUGUAUGAGGAGCAGCGUCUACUCAUCGAGGUCUCGGCGGUUUGGGUGGCGCUGAAGCAGGGGUGGUGUCCGUCGUUUAAGUAUGGGGAUUACUGCUCUCCUACUUCGUCGGGGAAAUUCGCGACACCGUCUUCGUCGUCUACACCGUCGUCUAAGGGGGAGAGGCCGCGCUCGUUUUCGCUCACGCCUAGUGGUGCGGCGAGACAUAGACGGAGUAGGAGUAACACCGUCACUUCCAUCCCUGAAUCGGUGGAUAGCUCUACCGGGACGACGCGCUCGCGGCGCGGCGUGUUUGCGAGGGCGACAUUCAGCGCGAGUACCUUCUCCGCCGCUCUGGCCGAGUCGGAGGCUGGGUCUGGGGCAGGGAAUAAACGCAACUCGGCCCCGCCCUCGGCGUUUCAGCAGCAACAGUUCAAACCCCCCGAACGCUCGUUCUCGAAUGGAGCGGCGUUUAUGCAGAAGGCUGCUAAGAAGAAGGCGGGGAGGCCGGCGAGUUCGAGUGGGAGUGAGGGGGUGAGGACGCCGGGGAGGGGGUCGUCGUUGGAUAUGGUGGAAGGGGGGGUGCUGGGUCCGGGGCUUGGCGUUGUGGGGAGGGAGGUCCCGGUGAAGGAACGGAGGAGGCCGGUGUCGGAGGUUGUGGGGAGGAGUAUGGCGAGGGAGGUGGGUGGGAAGAAGACGCCGCCGCCGCCACCGGUGGUGAAGAAGGAGAAGGAGAAGGAGAAUCGGAGGUUUAGUUCGAUUAUUAAGUUUUUUAGGAGGGGGAAGGGGGGGAGGAGUUGACGAUGGUUCGACGAACACGCGAUACGCGAUACUUCAACAGCACGAUGUUUUGUUCUUUUGUACUUUGUACUACUACUACCAACCACAUUUCAUUUUUUAUUUGUCGACGCCGCUGAGGACGGCGAGGACGGCGAAACUUAUCAACUUAGCGUCGCAUACACAGGAGGGUAUCAGCAUAGCGAGGUGCGAGGGGGGUGGAAAUCAGGCCUGUGGUGAGACUGGCGUACAUACAUGCAUAUGCUGCGUUUUUUUCUUUUUUGGAGUGUUUAUGGGGAAUUAGGAUUGGGAUAGGGGCGUUAAUGGUGGUGGUUGGAAAGGGGGACGGGAGGUAAUUGUACGAGUAGAGAUUACACCACUUUUAUAUCGGAAUUAAAUCGGAAUAGGAUUUUUGAAUGGGG